GUCCACGUCGAACCCGAACAAGAUGAGAAAUACAGGUCGUCGUCGAAAUGCUCCUUGACAUUGCAUCCGAGGCAUUUCAUUUGCUCCACUCGAAAUGAAUGGACAGUGGCAACUUGGCAUCUCGGAUUAAGCUCGAAUCCAGCGAACAGGGCGCUUUCGACAGCGAAUGGAAAAAGCUAUUCUGCACUUGAGCAAUCUCAGUCAGUGGAAUGGAUCGUGGUGGUCCUUUCCCACUCGGGUUCUGGUGGGGACCUCCUGUUUGGAGUCUUGAAAGUGGACUUGAACACGAAACAGAUCUCUUCAUGCUCCAAUCAUAGUCUGAGUGAUACCCAGAUUAAACUGUUCAAACCAAAGCCCCGUUAAUAUCAUAAGCAACGGAAAAACUGCAGAACGAACGGGAGAUUCAUUCAUCUCUAGUUCUAUCAUCUUUUAAAAUAUUCAUUCACCACCACAAGUCAACCAUAAAAUAUUGCCGCGGCCAACUUUUCUGCUAUUCCCCUGUUUUCUUGGCUCUUUACAAUAUGCUUGAACUUGCUACACGUGAAGGCUCUCAUGGUGCUACAACGUACAAGUGGAAAAAAAGGCGAUGAUUUUAGGUUCACCCGUUACGUGUAUUGGUGACCCAUUUCUGUAUUCCGUGUGCAAUUUCUCAGAAUGGAGAUGGAGAGAUCAGGUUGCGAUCAAGAUCAUGCAAUUCGACAGAGCAACAGAAUUGCUGGUGCAAUUGCUCAGAGUUCAGCUUCAGGGCGCACUGAAAGUGGAGUCGGAACAGGUGGAGAUGUGGCGAUUAGAGAGUUUAAUGUUGUUGAUCAUCAAAACCCAGAGCGAGAAAUGAUGGAAAGUCAAGAAACAGUCACUCCACCUUCUAGACUUCUCAUUAGAUACUUGUACAUCGGCCAUUUCUUGGCCAGAUGGGGUGCCAGGAUGUGGGAAUUCUCUGUUGCUUUAUACUUCGUUAGUCUUUGGCCAAGUUCUUUACUUUUAGCUGCUAUUUACGGUACAGUGGAGUCGGCCUCUACUGCACUAUUUGGGGCGGUUGUUGGAAAAUGGGUGGAUACGUCGACUUAUACAAAGGUUCUUCGAAUAUGGUUGUUGACCCAGAACUUCUCUUUUUUCAUUGCUGGGGGAACAGUGAUGGAGCUACUAUUUCACUCGAAUUUAAAGUCGACAAACUUUGUGGCCUUUAUCUCUCUAGUCAUAUUAAUAUGCUUCUCUGGAGCCGUUGGUGUUCUGUCUGCUCUUGCCGGUUCCAUCCUGAUUGAAAGGGAAUGGGUGGUUGUGAUAUCAGAAGGGCAUCCACCAGAAACGUUGACGCAUAUGAACUCAGUCAUCAGAAGGAUCGACCUAAUCUGCAAACUAUUUGCUCCGGUAGUGUCGGGCUUCUUUGUCAGCUUUGCAUCACUGAAGGCUUCAGCCGCGGCUUUUGCACUUUGGAAUUUCUCGGCUGUUUGGUUACAGUAUUGGCUUAUGAGUUCCGUAUACAGCGGCAUCCCCGCACUGAGAGAGAGCAACCAGAGGAGAAGACAGCAGAUUCCUUUGGGUGGCACCGAAGGCGGAGUAUCUACAUUAGAAGGUGGGACGCGUCAUGAUGAGGCAAGUAUUCAUGGGACGGAAAAGAAAAGCUUGAUGAGGACGAAAAUGAAUCUAGUCAUGAAUAGCGCUUUCAUGGUUUCGUGGAGGACAUACUUAAGGCAAGAGGUGGUACUCCCUGGCGUAGCUCUUGCCUUGUUGUAUUUUACAGUUCUCAGUUAUGGGACUUUGAUGGUGGUGGACCUGAAAUGGGAAGGAAUACCUGCUUAUGUUAUUGGUAUAGGCCGUGGAAUAAGCGCCACAAUCGGAAUCGCAGCGACUCUUUUGUACCCCUUCUUGCAUUCUCGCAUUUCGACACUUCGUACUGGACUUUGGUCUAUUUGGUGCCAGUGGACCUUCCUAAUCGUAUGCGUUGCCUCAAUCUGGGUUCAAGACAAGCAUUUGUCAGUGUCCAUGUUGAUGGGGGGCGUGGCAACAUCUCGAUUAGGAUUGUGGAUGUUCGACUUGUCUGUGACACAGCUGAUGCAGGACAAUGUUCCUGAAUGUGACCGUGGCGCUGUCGGAGGAGUUCAGAACUCUCUUCAGUCUGCUCUGGACUUGAUGUCCAGCGUCAUGGGAAUUAUAUUAUCUGAUCCACGGGAUUUCUGGAAAUUGACAUUGGCAUCAUUUCUGGCGGUAACAUUAGCUGCAAUUCUCUACUGUUUGCAUGUCUACCGUGUCCGGAAGCACCUUGUUCACAUGGAGAAGCUAUUGAUUAUGGUCAAAUGGUCCAAAAAACCCUCGUGAGGAGCAAUGGUCGAAAGGAUUGUAAUGAAAGAUGUUGGUCAUUCACAGUUGUUUGAUGAAGGAUUUCUUUGAAUGUUGAGACCCAAACUUGACGAUUUAGGGGAUCAUGCCCGUUAAAAAUUGUACCUAACAGCAGUUCCAAAAAGACUACAUAUUUAAAACUUGGAAGGCCCAUGUACAUGCAUUUACUCAGAGGAUCUAGGAGUAGUUGUUGUAUCAUAAUGUGCAAAUUCAGGGAUUUCCUUGCCAUGA